AGAUUCUCCGAGAAGUGUGUUGAUGUAUUGGUCAACGCCAUCGCUGAGCCUACUAAGUUGGAGACCACCUGACGAAGGGUACGGCACCGUCCAGGAAUACAGGGUGAGGAUGUGUCAGCGAUACUGGUCGUGCGACGUCCAGCAGGAAAUGGCUGGUUGCGAGGAGUAUCCCACAUCAAACAACGAGUUGCGCUUGAAUACAAGGCGAGGAACGCGGUACUGCGUCCUCGUGAGCUCAAGAAUGCGGUGCGGUGGCCAAGUUGUCACGGGCCGUCCAGUUGUGACGGAGGUCAUGGCGCCCUUGUCUGCGUUUCCCCGCGUGACCAACGUAACCCAGAUAUCGGCUGGGAACAGAUCCUUCACGGUGUCCUGGGAGCGGCCCAAGGAAAAGUUCGACUAUUACCGAGUGGAGGUCAGUCGCAGCGGCACCGUCGUUGAUGUCGGUUCGUGCGCAAAGGGCACCAUAAUCGACGCGAAGAAGGCGCGGCUCACCUGUGACAACGUCGAGGACUGCAGCAAUGUUACCUUCAAGAUACGUGCUUACAACAGAGGGCCACCUGAGCGGGGAUCUUUUAAUGCAGCCUUCAAGGACAUCUUCAUACCCGGCCAAGCUGCAGACGCGCCCAACAACGUGAGUAUACUCGGGAUAUCUCCGUCGCUAAGCCGGCUGCAAUGGGAACAGCCGGACAACGUAUCUGACACCCUACGCGACUAUACGGUGAGGAUAUGCCCCUGGUACUGGCCAUGCGACGCCGAGCCUGACUUGACCAGUUGCUUCGAGAAUCGCACGACGGAAAACUGGCUCGACUUCGAGACAACGGAAAGAACGCCUUACUGCGUCCAAGUGAAGGCAAACACACUAUGUGGAGAUCAAGUCAUCGCGGGCCUUCCAGCCACGGCGGAGGUCAUUGUGCCUUUCCUUGGUGAGGAAGCUGAGAAAUAAACAAUUUUGAGGUAAUA